CGUCGCCGCGUUGACUGUUUCGCUUGUGCCUUGCUGCGGCUUCCUUAUUUUCGCCUUCCACUUGCUGCGCGCACUGAAUUCAAUUUAAAUUAGUUUACACUGUGCCUUUGUACGCCCUGCCGUCCAGUGUGAUAAUAACCGAGAAAGGCCGACCGAAGUGCCCAAGAAGUGCAGUGGCAUCGGAUGUGGGGCCAGGAACUUUAACCGUUGCGCCGGAGUACCUAGAAGAACCGAUCUCGGAGCGAUGGAGACGAACCGUAUUUAAAUAAGAACGCAAAAAUCGGAAUCACAAUUUAUAAAUAGCCGAGUGCAUGGCAAAUUAUGAGCCACCUAAAGACGGUCAAUUAAAAUAGUAUUCGGCGUGGUCCGUGAUCUCUUUCGAAUCUCCGCUGGUUUUCGAGCAGACUCUGCUGCUGAUCGUCUAGGCCCAGCCCAUCCGCACCACAGCCACAGCCACAGCCGCAGCCACAUCCACGUCCGCCCACACAAUGGGUCGCUGGGGCCGGCAGAGUCCGGUGAUGGAGCCGCCGGACCCGCAGAUGCAGAACACGCCCCCGCCGCCCACUCUGCCGCCGAGGACCUUCAUGCGGCAGUCGAGCAUCACCAAGAUCGGGAACAUGCUGAACACGGCCAUCAACAUCAAUGGAGCCAAGAAGCCACAAAGUAAUGGAGAGGCGUCCUGGUGCUUCUCACAGAUUAAAGGCGCCCUAGACGAUGAUGUCACGGAUGCGGACAUCAUAUCCUGCGUGGAAUUUAAUCACGAUGGCGAGCUACUGGCCACUGGUGACAAGGGCGGUCGCGUCGUCAUCUUUCAGCGUGAUCCUGCCUCUAAAGCCGCCAAUCCGCGACGCGGCGAAUACAAUGUCUAUUCGACAUUCCAAUCGCACGAGCCCGAGUUCGACUACCUCAAGUCGCUGGAGAUUGAGGAGAAGAUCAACAAGAUUCGGUGGCUGCAACAGAAGAACCCCGUGCACUUUCUGCUCUCGACCAACGACAAGACGGUCAAGUUGUGGAAGGUCAGUGAGCGCGACAAGUCGUUCGAGGGCUACAACACGAAGGAGGAGAAUGGCCUGAUCCGGGAUCCACAGAACGUGACGGCCCUGCGCGUGCCCUCCGUGAAGCAGAUACCGCUGCUGGUGGAGGCAUCGCCGCGGCGCACCUUCGCCAAUGCACACACCUAUCACAUCAAUUCAAUUAGCGUUAAUUCGGACCAGGAGACCUUCUUGUCGGCCGACGACCUGCGCAUCAACCUCUGGCACCUGGAGGUGGUCAACCAGAGCUACAACAUCGUCGACAUCAAGCCAACCAACAUGGAGGAGCUAACGGAGGUGAUCACGGCGGCCGAAUUCCAUCCGACCGAGUGCAAUGUGUUUGUGUACUCGAGCUCCAAGGGCACAAUACGAUUAUGUGAUAUGCGAUCGGCGGCGCUAUGCGACCGCCACAGCAAACAGUUCGAGGAGCCCGAGAAUCCAACGAAUCGCAGCUUCUUCAGCGAAAUAAUCAGCUCCAUCAGCGAUGUGAAGCUGAGCAACUCCGGUCGCUACAUGAUCUCCAGGGAUUACUUGAGCAUCAAGGUGUGGGAUCUGCACAUGGAAACGAAGCCCAUUGAGACCUAUCCGGUCCAUGAAUACCUGCGCGCCAAGCUGUGCUCGCUGUACGAGAACGACUGCAUCUUCGACAAGUUCGAGUGCUGUUGGAACGGCAAGGACAGCUCGAUAAUGACCGGAAGCUACAACAACUUCUUCCGCGUGUUCGAUCGCAACUCGAAAAAGGAUGUCACACUGGAGGCCUCGCGGGACAUCAUCAAGCCGAAGACGGUGCUCAAGCCGCGGAAAGUUUGCACUGGCGGCAAACGGAAGAAGGACGAGAUCAGCGUGGACUGUCUCGACUUCAACAAGAAGAUCCUGCACACCGCCUGGCACCCCGAAGAAAAUAUCAUAGCCGUGGCUGCGACUAACAACCUAUUCAUAUUUCAGGAUAAAUUUUAGCCAACACUCCUCACAACAACCACACCAUACGCCACAAUCACAACAGCAACUAUAACUACACAAGAAACACCAAGAACUACGAACACGCCUCAUUCUAAUGUUAAAUCUUUCAGUUUGUUUCGAAAGCGUUUUCAGAUUUCACUUGCAAUUAAAUUGUUCGCCUAACACCAUUACCUCAGGCCACCCUUCACCCAAGCCCCCUCUUUCCCUUUCCCGCCCACCCGAAAAGAACCUUACAUCAUACAUAUUGCCAUAGCAAAAGCUUUGUAAUGUAUUUUUGCGCUAACUGCGUAUAACGAGAAAAAGAAAACCAGAAACUUAAGAGAGAAGAAAACAAAUUUUUAUACAUAACAUAUAUAAAUAGUGAAGCGUAAAAUUGAUUUCUUGUAGCGCAAUUCAAAAGAAACCCACAAUAAGAGUAAUAUUUAAUGAUAGCUAUUGAUUUUCCCCGAACAUUUUUGUAUAAUUAGCGCAAGCGCCGAAGUAUUUGUAAUAAAAGAUAAUAAUAUACAACAUAAAAAAGAAAACACAUUAAAUGCAUAUUGUAAUAUUUUUUCUGAUCGCUUGUUAAGUUUACGACGGAGAGAAGAAAGUCAAGAAUCAUGUGCGCCCUGUUUGCUCUUCUUUAUAAAUAUAGACUAAACACGAAUUUUCGAUUGUUUAUUCGUUUGACAACGUUCAUUCCAUGCAAAAGAGACGGUAAGCCCCGAGCUUAUCGAUCGACUAUGUCUCAUUUUAAAUCUCAUUAGCGACGUCAGGUCAGCAAUCGAACAGCCGGAUGUUGUCUCAGUCAAACCAAUUCAAAAUGCUCAUUUAAACACUGUAAUUCGUAAAUCACUAAGAAUCCAAUGCUAGACCACAAGGCAGGAGUCAAAGAAGAGGCAAACGCGGAAAAAGUACGAAGUAAAUGCAUUGAUAACGUAUGCAUCGCAGUUAAAAGAUACAUACAUAUACAUAAAAAAAAUCGCAGCCUAAGUUUAAAAUACAAUUUAGUGUUCUCAAUUCGUUUAAUUUAAUAUCUAUCUAAAAGGAGAAACAAAAAGAAACAACACUAUUUUUAUACGCUACAUUUAAGCUAAGUAUUGCUACUUUUAGUUCAACUAUGCGUGCGUGCGUCCAAGACCAAUUCUCACAUAUAGUCUGCCUGCCCCUCGGCACCGCCCCCUUUUUCAUCGGUCAACGACUUUCCAGCCUGUUUAUUGUUUUGUAAAGAUUCUUUUACCCAUUGUCAUGUUUUCCAUAAAGAACUAUAAACAAAACCAUUUUUAUAGGUUAUCUAGUGUCUAGUGUUAAACAAAAAAUAAAAAUAUAUAUAGAACACAAACCAUAAAUGAAAGUAAAAGUAAAUAAACGUUGCGCUGAAAAUGUUAACGAAAAACUCUGAAAAAUGUACGGCAGCAAGUUCAAAACACUGAAAUGUAAACGCAUAAAAUGAUGAAAUAAAAACUAAUAAAAACAUAA